AUGCUAUCGUUUGCGCACGAGAAGCGGUCGGUGUACCAUUGGGGGAUAGUGGCUCUCGCGUGCGGAUUGCUGUGCUCUGUCGCUGUGAAUGGAUGCCCUCACAAAUGCAGUUGCUCCGGCUCUCAUGUGGAUUGCCAGGGUCAAGGCUUCAGGACCAUACCGAAGGGAAUCCCAAGGAAUACCGAACGACUGGACUUGGACAGGAAUAACAUCACUCGCAUCAACAAAGUGGACUUCUCCGGCCUUAAAAACCUGCGCGUUCUUCAUCUGGAGAACAACCAGAUCAGCGUGAUUGAGAGAGGAGCUUUUCAGGACCUCAAACUGCUGGAGAGACUCCGUCUGAACCGGAACAAGCUACAGGUCCUGCCGGAGCUGCUCUUCCAGUCCACGCCCAAACUGGGCCGCCUUGACCUGAGCGAGAACCAGAUCCAGGCUAUUCCUCGCAAAGCGUUCCGCGGGAUCACCACCGUAAAGAACCUGCAGCUGGACAGCAACCACAUCAGCUGCAUCGAAGAUGGAGCCUUCCGAGCCCUCCGCGAUCUGGAGAUACUCACCCUCAACAACAACAACAUCACCCUCAUCCCCCUGUCCAGCUUCAACCACAUGCCCAAGCUGCGGACACUUCGCCUUCACUCAAACAACCUGCACUGUGACUGUCACCUGGCCUGGCUCUCUGAUUGGCUGCGGCAGAGACGGGGUUUGGCCCCCUUCACUCAGUGCAUGGCCCCCGCCCACAUGAGAGGUCUGAAUGUGCCGGACGUCCAGAAGAGAGAGUUUGUCUGCAACGGUCCCACUCAGACUGAGCCCCGGUCCUGUGCCCCGCAGCCGUCUGUCUGUCCUGCCACCUGCACCUGCAACAACAACAUUGUCGACUGCCGCAGGAAGGGGCUGACCGAGAUCCCCGCAAAUCUGCCCGAAGGAAUCGUAGAGAUUCGUCUGGAACAGAACCUGAUUAAGACAAUCCCGCCCGGCGCUUUCUCGCCGUAUAAGAAGCUGAAGAGGAUAGAUCUGAGUAAGAAUCAGAUAUCGGAUAUCGCCGAUGAUGCCUUCAGCGGACUGCGCUCUCUCACCUCACUGGUCUUGUAUGGAAACAAAGUUGCAGAGAUACCUAAGGGAUUGUUUGAUGGCCUGGUGUCCCUACAGCUGUUGCUGCUGAACGCCAACAAGAUCAACUGUCUCCGCGUGAACACGUUUAAGGACCUGCAGAACCUGAGUCUGCUCUCUCUGUACGACAACAAACUGCAGACCAUCAGUAAGGGCUUGUUCACACCCCUGCGCUCCAUCAAAACCCUACACCUUGCUCAGAACCCGUUCAUGUGUGACUGCCACCUGAAGUGGUUGGCCGACUACCUGUUUGACAACCCCAUAGAGACGAGUGGGGCCCGCUGCAGCCACCCACGCCGCCUGGCCAACAAACGCAUCAGCCAGGUCAAGGGCAAGAAGUUCCGCUGCACAGGUUCGGAGGACUACCGCAGUCGUCUGAGUGGAGAGUGUUUCCAGGACCUGGUGUGCCCUGAACGCUGUCGCUGUGAGGGAACCGUGGUGGACUGUUCCAACCUCAAACUCACCCGCGUCCCACCCCAUCUGCCCGAAUACACCACCGACCUGCGUCUGAAUGAUAAUGAGAUUGCAGUCCUGGACGCCACGGGGACCUUUAAGAAGCUCCCAAACCUGCGCAAGAUAAACUUAAGUAACAAUAAAAUCCGGGACAUCCGUGAGGGAGCGUUUGAGGGUGCAGGAGGAGUCCUGGAGCUGCUCCUCACUGGGAAUAAACUCCAGUCACUGCACGGCAGAAUGUUUAAGGGACUGAGCGGCCUGAAGACUCUGAUGCUGAGGAGUAACCAGAUCGGCUGCGUGGACAAUGCCACUUUCAUCGGCCUGAGCUCUGUACGCCUGCUCUCUCUCUACGACAACCGCAUCUCCACCAUCGCCCCUGGAGCCUUCUCCACCCUCCAUUCUCUCUCCACCAUUAACCUGCUGUCCAAUCCGUAUGUAUGUGACUGUCACCUGGCCUGGCUGGGUCAAUGGCUGAAGAAGACCAGGGUGGUGAGUGGAAACCCCCGCUGUCAGAAGCCAGCCUUCCUCAAAGAGAUCCCUAUCCAGGACGUGGCCCCCCCAGACUUCACCUGCGAUGGCACAGAGGAGAACGGCUGUCUGCCGAUGCCGCGCUGUCCGGACUCUUGCACGUGUACGGACACGGUGGUGCGCUGCAGUAACCGGGGGCUGCGCUCUUUGCCCAAGGGCAUUCCCAAGGACACCACCGAGCUAUAUUUGGAGGGAAAUCUUCUCACAUCAGUUCCUAAAGAGCUGGCCAGCCUAAAGCAGCUGUCUUUGGUAGACCUGAGUAACAACAGCAUCAGCUCCCUGUCGCCCCUCACCUUCAGCAACAUGACUCAGCUCUCCACCCUCAUCCUGAGCUACAACCAGAUCCGCUGCAUCCCUGCCCAGGCCUUCGAGGGGCUGAGAUCUCUACGGGUCCUAACCCUCCAUGGGAAUGACCUUUCAACUGUCCCCGAGGGAGCCUUUAACCACCUGACGUCUCUGUCUCAUCUGGCGCUGGGUGCCAACCCGCUCUACUGUGACUGUAACCUGCGUUGGCUCUCUCAGUGGGUGAAGGCUGGGUAUAAGGAGCCUGGCAUUGCCCGCUGCACGGGCCCCCCCGACAUGUCUGACCGCCUACUGCUCACCACACCCCUCAACCGCUUCCAGUGCAAGGGGCCAGUUGAUCUGAAUCUGAUGUCCAAGUGCGCCCCCUGUCUUGCUGGUCCCUGUCAGAAUAACGGGACAUGCGUCAGCGAUGCGACAGGCUCAUACCACUGCUCUUGUCCCUUCGGCUACAAGGGGCGUAACUGUGAGGUGGCGGUCAAUGCCUGUAUCAGUCUUCCCUGCAGUAAUGGAGGAACAUGCCACGUCUCUCCUGGACAUGACGGUCAUUUCAGCUGCGUAUGUCCCCCAGGGUUUGAGGGUCCGCGUUGCGAGGUGAACCCAGACGACUGUGAAGACAAUGACUGUGAAAAUAACUCCACGUGUGUGGAUGGAAUCGAUAACUACACUUGCGUCUGCCCUCCCAACUACAGAGGAGACCUGUGUGAGGAGGUCAUCGAACCCUGCCUACCCGGUUUUGACCCCUGCCAGCAUGACUCCAAAUGCAUCCCGCUCACUAAAGGCUACAGAUGUGAGUGUUUACCCGGUUACGUGGGCCAGCACUGCGAGCAGGACUACAACGACUGCCUGGAGAACAAAUGUCAGCACGGCGCCGAGUGUGUGGACGCCAUCAAUGGCUACACCUGUGUCUGCAAACAGGGAUUCAGUGGUUUAUUUUGCGAGAACCCUCCUCCCAUGAUCCUCCUGCAGACGAGUCCAUGUGACCAAUCAGAUUGUCAGAACGGGGCUCAGUGUGUAGUGGUGGAGGGGGAGCCUGUGUGUCGGUGUCUGCCCGGUUUCUUCGGAAACAAGUGCCAUAAAAUGAUCACGGUCCAUUUCCUGGGGAAGGAGGCCUAUGUGAAGCUGUCCAGUGCCAAAAUCCGACCCUCCACUCACAUAUCUCUACAGAUGGCCACUGAUAAGGACAAUGGAAUUCUGCUAUAUAAGGAGGAUCAUGACCCACUGGCAUUGGAAUUGUAUCAGGGACACAUUCGCUUGAUAUACGACAUUGGCAAAUACCCCCCCACCACGGUGUACAGUGUGGAGUCUGUAAAUGACGGACGCUUCCACACAGUGGAGCUGCUGAUUCAGAACCACACUCUGAGUCUGGUGGUGGAUAAAGAAGCCCCCAAGAGUCUGGGCAAACUGCCACGCCAGCCCUCCAUGGACCACAACACCCAGCUCUACAUCGGGGGAGUGCCAGCCCUGAUCGGUGCUGCUGGUCUGCGGCCAGGUCCAGACCGCCCCUCCCAGUCCUUUAAUGGCUGUAUUCAUAACGUGAGGAUAAACGGGGAGAUGCAGGAUUUAGGAGGCGUCCGAAGCGGGGCAGAGGGCAUCCUGCCCGGGUGCCACUCCUGCAGCGUCUGUGCCCAGGGCACGUGUCGUCAGCGAGGAGAAGCGGGCGUGACCUGCGAGUGCACAGCCAAUCAGAAUGGCCCACUGUGUGAGCAGAAGACUUCACCAAGUCCCUGCCAGACCAGCAGGUGUGUCCACGGUCUCUGCGUACCCAAAGGCUCGUCCUACAGCUGUCAGUGCGCGGAGGGUUACUCUGGAACGUACUGUGACCGGAGGGAGGAGCCCGCGGCGUGUAAAGGUCACACGUGUGUGCACGGCGAGUGCCGGGUGACGGAGAGCGGUGAACCCGCGUGUCACUGCCAGCCUGGGUACUCAGGCCCUACCUGUGCCACAGAGCUGACCUGUCAGGGGGAGAUGAUCAGAGAGCUGCUGAAACGUCACCUGGGACACAAGACGUGCACCUCCACCAGUAAGAUACCUCGCGUCGAAUGCCCCCGCGCCUGCCACGCUGGCCUCUGCUGCGCACCCACCAAGAGCCGGAGACGGAAAGUCAGCUUCAAAUGCUCCGACGGCUCCACGUUCUCCGAGGAGAUGGAGACCACCGUGGAGUGCGGCUGCGUAAAGUGUCCGUUAUAA